UCCGCAGCCAUUUUGGCUCGAGCCAUUUGGUGCUUGACAGGCGGCGGCGCACCCCAGGCGGGACUUUCGGCAUGGCGCCGACCGAUGUGUUCGCUGCUUCGAUUGCGGCCCAGGUGGCGUUCGACACGGCCAUGGCAGUCAUGGAGUUCGGGGUCACCCCCAAGCAGCAGGCGACGCUGCUGGCGGCGGUGGCGCGUGGCGCGGCCUGUGGAACCCCUGCGCAGGCCGCUGGUGCGGGCGCCUCGGCCUUCGAGGUCGUCCAGGAGGUCGUCGACCUGGUCAAGGAGGGGCUGGGCGGCGACCGCAUGGUCCGCAUCGCCAAGGAGAAGCUGCGAGAGCAGGGGUCGGAGGGUGUCGCCUUGGCCCGGAGGAUCGGGCGCGCCACCAAGGCGCGCAGCUCGAGCGCGCACUCGGACGAGCGCAUCGUCGUGCGCGACGCGGCGAAGGCGGCGAAGAACGGUUCCGCGAGAGGUUGCGAGUCCUUGUCGACUGUGGAGGCGGACUUGUCGGAGAAGGCCAACGACUGCUCGAAGGAGGCCGCCGUGGGCAAGUUCGUGGAGCGCGAGCUGGCCGACAAGGCUUUCUCGUUGAAGCCAGUGGCGCUGAGGGAGAGAGAGAGAGAGAGAUGAUCAAGGAGGACAUCAAGUGCGACCCAGACGCCAAGGCCAACCUGGUGGUUGAGGAUUUGGUGUCGGACGUGCGCGAUGGUGGCGUGAUGGUCCUGGAUAACUCUCGGUUCCACAAAGGGGAGGCCAACAACGGUUCCGAGCAGAUGGGGGGGCCCACGAAAAGGACUCCAAGGGCGACACUCACUGCAAGGCCACCGACGAGGUGAGGAAACGGGUCUCGGCCAUCAGCGUCGGAGACGAGCUGGCCCUGGUGAGCACUCGGUUCCGGAGGAGACCAAGAGCGACCUCAAUAUAGCCGUGCUGCAAGCGAAGGCGGACUUCGACGGUGAUGCUUUCCUGGCCCAGGGUUCAUGGAUAAUUGGAGCGACAGGGGUUUGUACAUGGGCGACGUGGUCACCAUGCUGGAGCGCGACGGCGUCGAGUUCGAAUUGGCGGCCAGAUUCAUGAUCUCCGAGCGCUUCCGCGACUUGUACGACGUGUCGGCGAGUGGCUGCUCCGCGCGCUGAGGUGAAGGCCCUCGCUCUGUCUGCUGGGUCCGCCACGAAUGGCGGCUGGAGCACGCGCUGGCGCGCGUUCCCGUGUCCCCUCCUUGGGGGCGGCCUCUGGGGGCCGUCUGAUCGCCCGCCCGUCCCCGCGGGGGCGGCUUCCGUUCCCUUGGCUUGCCCGCGGGGCAGGCCAGGGUCGCGACGAAUGCCUGUCUGGGUUUCUUCGAGGCCCGUCCUUCGUCGCCGCGGCGCCCGCGGUCGCGCGCGUGCGGCGGCGAGGGGCUCUCUUCUUGGCGUCUGGAGCCGUGGUGGCCCUGGUGGGUGUCGGCGCGCUAACGGCCGCCAGGGCCUUUUUGAUGACGUCCCAUCCAUCCAUCCUCCUCCUCCUGU